UCUUUUAAUAUUGUUUAGGUUGGAUGCAACUAAUCAAGGUUUGAUUGGUGGAAGGGGAAAGAAUAAGCGAUUCUGGAUAAAAGAGGAAGAAGAAGCUUUGAUUGAUUGUUUGUUGGAAUUGAGUGGUGACCAACAAUGGAAAGGAGAAGGAGGUUUUAAGAAUGGUUACCUUAAUCAGUUGGAGCUAAUGUUAAAUACCAAAUUUCCUGGUUGUGGUCUGAAAGCUGUUCCCCAUAUUGAAUCAAAAUCCAAGUGGUUCAAAGACAAGUAUGCAGUUGUCUUUGAAAUGUUGAACAAAACAUCAGGUUUUCAAUGGGAUGAUCAAACUAAAAUGAUAAAAUGUGAGAGACAAGCUUAUGAUGACUUCUGCAAGACUCAUCCUAAAGCUGGAGGAUUAUGGAAAACUCCUUUCCCUUAUCUUGACAAGUUAGAUGAUAUCUACGGUAUUGACAGAGCAAACGGCCUUGCAUCUGAGUUGCCAGAAGAUUCUAUCACCAACCUUGAAAAGGAGACUGUUAACCUUAAUGAUGAUAACAGUGAUGAUGAUAGCAUUGAUAUAUCUCAAUCCCCCUAUUCAGCUGUAAAUGAUACUUCAUCACAACCUCCUCCUGCUAAGAAAAUGAAAAAAGAAAAGAUUCCAAAAGGCAAUGAGAAAAGAAGAUCUUCUCAAUUUAUAGAUUUAACUUCUGUAGAUCAGAUGGCUACUGGAUUCACGGGGUUUAUGAAGGAUAUGAGUAGUCACUUAGCAACUAUAGCCAAUGCCAUGAGUACAACCCAAGAACGUGAAAUAGAGGUGGUUGAACAAAGAAGAAAAGACUCCAUUUUGCUUUCUUGA